ACAACACUGGCUCUCACAUCGGCAGCGCGCAGAUGGCAUGUCUGGCUAAGAUGGAGAAAUUGAUAGUGGCAAUGCAAGACCCCGACACGGGCAUUAAGAUGAGAAUCCAAAGAUUUCUUGUUCCUAUUCCCCAUUCAAUGACUGGAAAUGAUAUUUUUCAAUGGCUUCUUCAAAAUGUUUCCACAACUGAAGAAGAGUCAUUUCACCUUGGUGACUUAAUAAUAAAGUAUGGUUACAUUUACCCACUGAAGGAUCCAAAGAAUUUAGUUUUGCGGGUAGAUGAUUCUCCUUACCGAUUUCAGACCCCUUACUACUGGACUUCACAUAAAUGGCCGGCAACAGAACUUGAUUACGCCAUUUACUUAGCCAAGAAGAACAUAAAGAAGCAGGGAGACUUGGUUGACUAUGAGAAGGACAAUUACAACCGGCUACACACAAGGAUCAAUCAUACUUGGGAUUUUGUGGUAAUGCAAGCCAGAGAACAGCUCAGAGCAGCGAAACAAAGGAAAAGGUCAGAUCGUAUUGUACUGGAUUGCCAGGAGCAAGCCUAUUGGCUAGUCAACAGACCUCCACCUGGAGCUCUAAAUAUCAUGGAAUCAGGACCACGAAGAAAUACCGUCCAAGCAAGGAUCAAAUUGAAUAGUGCGUACUACAAGAAAGAGAUUGAAUACUACGCAAAUGCAUUAACCAGAUCAAGAGUCAAAUCUUCAAUUUCUUUGGAGGGAUUUGUGAGGCACUGUGAGCAAUAUCUUCUGCAUGAUCCGAUAAUGUCUGGCUGUCUGCCCGGCAAUCCUUGGAUUACAAGUGGAACUAUAUACUGGACAAUGAAUGCUGAUUUAGUGGCUGUCCCAACAAGGUUACGUGUGGAACGCUGGGCUUUCAGUUUCCAGGAGCUGCUCAAAGAUCCCUUGGGGCGGCAGGAAUUUAGACGCUUUCUGGAAAAAGAGAUAAGUGCUGAGAACCUUAGUUUCUGGGAGGCAUGUGAAGAUGUACAGUAUGGAGAACAAUCAAAAGUUGAAGAAAAAGUAGAGACCAUUUUCGAACAGUUUCUUGCAGCAGGUGCCAGUAAAUGGGUGAAUAUUGACAGUAAAACAAUGGAAAAAACACUUGAUGGAUUACAAAUGCCUCAUCGUUAUAUCUUUGAAGAUGCGCAGAUGCAUAUUUAUAUGCUAAUGAAAAAGGAUUCUUAUCCAAGAUACCUAAAAUCACAGAUGUACAAGAGUUUACUAGAAACCUCCAUUGUACCUCAGGAAUCCAAGAAAAGUGUGUUUCCAUUCACAAAGUGGCAUCGGCAACCCAACCAAAACCCUUCACAAACUCCACGGCCUAAGCUGUCUGAUGGAAAAGACAAGGCUGCAGCAUCAGGAACAGUUUCUCAGCUAUGCCGAUUUUCCCACCCUUUGGCAAACCUAGGAGUGUUUACUGGAACAAAUAUCCCAGAUUAUUCCAAGGAUGAACCUUCCUGGUCCCAUUCCAGCCUUCCCUCAGUUUGUCCUGGAACCCUUCCAGCUGCAACUUCCCCUUCCUCUAGCUCCAUGGACCCUAAGAGUCUGUCUCAGAAUGCAGCUGAAGUCUCCCCAGAAGCUCAGAGAUACCUACAGCGUGAAGAUGCAAGCACUUCAGAGGGCAAGCAGUUUACAACAGAAGUGGAUGAGUUUGGAUGGAAUACAAGAUGUUAG